UUUUCAUUUCAGUUUAAUUUCAAUGUUAAGUACACGCAUGCGCACUAAAAAUUGGUUUUGGAAAAUGAUCAGAGUUCGCCAAUGUAAAAGUCCUCUGUGAUAACAUUAUUUCAUGCUGAAGUGUGUAUGUACUCUAUCAAUUUGGCAUUCUGAGUGAAAGGAAAGUUGUUUUCUAACGUACUAACUACGUGCCGAUGUUAAUAUGGCUUCGGCUAAACUUGAAUGGAGUAAAUAUGUGGAUGAACAAGAAAAAUUGUCUGCAAAGGUAUCUAACUUAAACAUAGAAAAACAACCUGCAGAAAAUGUACAAAGUAAUACAGAGACCAAGAAUGAAGAUGGAACAGAAGAACAGAUCUCGCCAGCAGAGAAAUCAUUGUUACAAAAAGUCAUACGUAAGGGUUUAGUAGUAACAACAAAGGACAUAGAAAUUCAAAGGAAGGACCCAUCUUCACCUUUAUACAGUGUCAAAAGUUUUGAAGCUCUCCAUCUUAAACCAGCUUUGUUAAAAGGAGUGUACGCAAUGGGAUUUAAUGCACCAUCAAAAAUUCAAGAAACCGCAUUACCUACCUUACUUGCAGAUCCGCCUCAAAAUAUGAUUGCUCAGUCACAAUCUGGAACUGGCAAAACAGCAGCAUUUGUAUUAGCAAUGUUGAGCAGAGUAGACACAACUAAGAAUUAUCCUCAAGUACUUUGUUUAUCGCCAACAUACGAGUUAGCAAUACAAACAGGAGAAGUAGCAGCAAAAAUGUCUGCAUUUUGCAAUGAAAUAAAAAUUAAAUAUGCAGUUAGAGGAGAAGAAAUAAGUCGUGGAUCAAAAAUUACAGAACACAUCAUCAUAGGAACACCGGGAAAAGUUUUAGAUUGGGCAGUUAAAUUUAAAUUUUUUAGCUUGAGCGAAAUAUCGGUAUUUGUUUUAGACGAAGCAGAUGUAAUGAUUGCUACACAAGGCCAUCAAGAUCAGUGUAUUCGCAUUCACAAGCAACUUCCACGCAAAUGUCAAAUGAUGUUCUUUUCUGCUACUUAUGAACCAGAAGUAAUGAAAUUUGCAGAAAUUAUUGUUAAUAAUCCCUUGAUAAUUCGAUUGUUGAAAGAAGAAGAAAGUUUAGAUAACAUUGAACAAUAUUACGUAAAGUGUAAAGACUUGGAUGAAAAAUAUGCAGCUAUUACUAAUAUCUAUGGUGUGAUAACAAUAGGUCAAGCGAUCAUUUUCUGUCAUACUAGAAAAACAGCAAAUUGGUUAGCCGAAAAAAUGACAAAGGAUGGUCAUGCGGUAGCUGUCUUAUCUGGUGAAUUAACAGUAGAACAAAGAAUAUCUGUUUUGGAUCGAUUUAGAGCUGGCCUCGAAAAAGUUCUCAUCACAACGAACGUCUUAGCUAGAGGUAUCGACGUUGAACAAGUAACAAUAGUAGUCAAUUUUGAUCUACCUAUGGAUCAAAAUCGACAAGCGGACUGCGAAACGUAUUUGCAUAGAAUUGGCAGAACGGGACGAUUCGGUAAAUCUGGAAUCGCCAUUAAUUUGGUAGAUUCGCCACACGCAAUGGCAAUAUGCAAAGAUAUCGAGGCACAUUUUGGCAAAAAGAUAUGUUAUCUUAACGCGGAAGACGCGGAUGAAAUUGAAAAGAUUGGAGCCUAGAUUAGCGCGUAAGACAUACAAUUAUGCUUUUUAUUAAAUAUUUGUAGACCUUUGAAAUAUGCGUAAUACUUCCAAAAAGAAUAGAUGAUCGUAUUCCUAAUGUAUUAGUUCUUUGUAUUCCUGUUGCAAUGAUACAUAUUACUGAUAAAUUUCAUGAUUAUAUUUUCAAUUGUGAUGACUUUAUACUAUCAAUUUAUACUAUCAACACUUCAUUGAUAUAUAGCACUUGGAUCAGAUACAUCACAGAAUUUUAAAAAUAUCGAAAAUAAAGAAAUAGUUUUGCAUAUUACAUAACAAAAUAACUUUUAUAGGAAAGAGAUAUACAUAAUAAGAUGAUUGUCUUAAUUUAAUUAUAAUUUUUAUAUUGAAAGACAACUUGCUUCGCAUGAUAUUCCUUCGAUUGAAAUAAUUACACGAUAUAGGAAAAAUGAUAAAUGUACUAAAUAGUACAUUUUGUAUGCUCGACUAUCUUAUAUAGAUAGAUUGUAACAGAAUAUUCAAACUCAGUUUAUGAAAUGAAUGCGAACAGUGCCAGAGGGAAAGGUAAAUAUACAGUUAUACUGAAAUAAGAUUGAUUCUAAUUUCAUUUUUGUAUGUGGCAAGGUAACGAAUAUCGUACAUCCUAAACAUGUCAAAUAUGAUGGUAUGUUAUUCGCACUUUAGUUUUAUCGACUUUUUCCUGGCAACACUGUCUCUUUACUAAACCUUGUAAAGAUUUUAUAUUAAUAUUUUCUAAUAGAGGGAGGUAUAUCUCUGUCAGCGAUUAACAAUUAUGACAUGAUUUAAACAUAUUUUUAUUCAGACUAAAAAAUGGAAAAUAAAUU